AUGACUCUCUCUCACCAUGUGGACUCACUGAAGUUGGAAUCGCAGCUUCUUGCGAAAGCAAAGAAGACCGUGCUCAACCACCACGAACAGUACAUUUCCAGUUACUACUCUAAUGAACCUGUGCCCAAGUACGAGAUCCCAAAACACUCCACCGAUGGAGAAUUGGUCUACAAGUACAUGAAGGAGGGUUUGAGUCUUGAUGGUAUUCCCUCGCUCAAUUUGGCUUCGUUUGUGAAUACCGAAGUGGACGAUGUGCCAUUGCGUUUGAUCUCCGAGAAUAUCGUCAAGAAUUUGGCCGACAAUGACGAGUACCCUUCGUUGAUCGAGUGUCAGGAGAGAUGCAUCAACAUCUUGUCUAAUUUGUGGAAUGCCCCAAAGGGUUCGGACGGUGUUCCCCACACUGUAGGAUGCGCAACCACUGGCUCGUCUGAGGCCAUUAUGUUGGCAGGUUUGGCAAUGAAGAAGAAGUGGCAGGAACAGAGAAAGGCUGACGGCAAGCCUUCCGACAACCCCAACAUUUUAAUGGCGUCAGUGGCCCAGGUGGCCUUGGAGAAGUUCGCCCGUUACUUUGACGUGGAGAACAGACUUAUUCUGGUCACUGAGGACUCGCACCACUUGAUUGACGUCUCAAAGAUCAAGGAGAACAUUGACGAAAACACAAUUGGUAUUUUUGUCAUCAUGGGCUCCACAUUCACAGGAGCAUUCGAGCCUGUCGCACAGAUCUCCAAGUUAUUGGAUGAAGUCCAGAAGGAGACGGGUCACGACAUCAAGAUCCAUGUGGACGGCGCUUCCGGAGGUUUUGUUGCUCCAUUCGUCUAUCCACACUUGAAAUGGGACUUCUCUGUUGACAGAGUGGUGUCCAUUAACACUUCUGGCCAUAAGUUUGGACUCACUACCGCAGGUUUGGGUUGGGUCAUCUGGAGAGAGUUGGAGUACAUGCCCGAAUCGUUGAGAUUCAAGUUGGAUUACUUGGGAGGCCUUGAAGAGACCUUUGGCUUGAACUUCUCCAGACCAGGCUUCACAGUGUUACACCAGUACUAUAACUUCUUGAGUUUGGGUCGCGAAGGCUACACCAAGAUCUUCCACAGUUGUAUCCAGAAUGCUCGUUUGUUGUCGAGAUUUUUGGAGGCCACCACCUACUACGAGUGCUUGUCUGUCAUCCAUAAGCCAAUUAAUGAUGACCAGAAGAAGGAGAUCUUCACUUUGCCUCACGAGGAGGACACUCAACAUAGUGAACAGCUGGUGUACAAUGAGGGUUUCUUGCCUGGCUUGCCAGUGGUGGCAUUCCGUUUCUCAAAAGAUUUUAGAGAGAAAUACCCAGAUCUUCCUCAGUCGAUGGUUUCGUUGUUACUCAGAAACAAGCAGUUCAUUGUCCCCAACUACCACUUACCUCCCGAUGAACUGGAAAAGGAGAUUUUGAGAGUGGUGGUCAGAGACCUGGUGACUUUGAACCUCUUGGAGAAGCUUAUGAAUGACAUUGUGGAAGCUACAGAGGUCCUUAUUCGUGCCCACGACUCUGUUGUUGACCUCCUUCAAUCCAAAGAAGUCACUACUGCUCAGGAAAAGAAGGACAUCAUCUACAAGGUUUUGCUUAGUAUCACAUCCAAUGGAACGGAGGAUGUCCGUGCGGAGCAAAUAGACAAACACGAUAAGCCUGGACUGGGACAUCACAAGCACAAGAAAUCUUACCGUGGAGCUUGCUAG